UAUAAUUGCAGAACGAACAGGGUAGCAUUCGGCUGUAUGUUCCGCGGUUGACAGUCUCGGUCCGGCGUGGUUCAGCGGAGAGUUUAGAUCCCGCUUACUUUCAGCGUUCCGGCCAGUAUUCUAGCCUUGGCGUAAUGGGUGGAUCUGUCUCCAGCUUGGAUGAGAGUAAAUGCAAUUAUAUCAGAGGCAAGGCUGAAGCAGAACUUAAGAAUUUCAGCCCUCAUUAUCAGCGGCAAUACCCUGUGACCUUUUUCAAUCACAUUCGGCAUGAGAUAGAGCAAGGUGGAGAGGUCCAGCCCCAACUACUGCGUCGGAAGGAGCCAGUAGACACUGGGACAGUGGUAUAUGAACAAGUCGUGAUACAAUAUGUGGAAGAAUUGAAGAAAUGGAGAGAUCGAUACCUCGUUGUAAAAAAUGACAACAGCAUUGAAUGCUAUGAAAACAAGGAUGCCUAUCGUAAAGGAGGUGGCCCAAAAUGUAAACUGCAUCCCACUGGCUGCAGGGUGUUAACAUCCAUGGCUGAGUACACCCUGCUGGUGGAUAAAUAUUUCCCUGACCCAAGCGGGACCAAUGGGAAAGAUGGUAAUCAGUGCCUUGUUGUUAACCACACCCAAUAUCCAGUGUAUCUGUGGCAUCCAUUUCGAAAACACAACUACUUCUGUUUUGAGAGUGAGGAGGAGCAACGGGGAUUUGGUGCUGUACUUAAUGACUGUAUCCGUCACCUUAAUUAUGAAUUUGCAAAGCAAAAUUCAGUUGAAGCCCAAGUAUUUUCACAAGCUAUUCAAUUCUUCAGGCAGGAAAAAGGUCACUAUGGGUCCUGGGAAAUGAAUCAUGGUGACAAAGUGCUGAUCCUAAGCAACCUGGUGAUGGAAGAAUUGUUGCCUACCCUGCAGAGUGAUCUCUUGCCAAAACUGAAGGGGAAAAAGAAUGAAAGGAAGAAAGUCUGGUUCAGUAUUGUGGAAGAUGCUUACAAUUUAGUACAAACCCAUCUGACUGAUCGUUUGCAAUCCCUGCAUGACGAAUGCCAAAAAUCCAGCAAGAAACUAGAGGGGAUAAUUCGCUCGGAUAUGGAUCAGAUCAUUGCUUCAAAGGAAUUCACAGCUGGAAAACUUAAAGCGACGGUGACUGAAGCGGCUGAGCAGUGCUGUGUUGAGAACAUCCAACCCUACCUGGCUUCUGUACUGGAGGAGCUGAUGGGGCUGAUCAGUUCAGGGUUCAGCGAAGUCCGCGCCCUCUUUGAAGCUGAGGUCAAUGAGUUGAGCCCAAAAUAUCAGAAUGCUGACGAUGAAGAAAAACUGAAGGAGGGCCUAGCCCAGAUAAUGAAACUUCCUUUCAAUGCUGUGAAGAUGCAGCCUUGCUAUAAUAAAGUCAGCCCUCUUCAAGACCAGCUGCAGGAGUUGAAAAACCGUUUCAAGUUCACCAAUACACUGUGGCUUGUUCAAACGACUCAAAACUUCAUGCAAGAGCUGAUGGACAAUGCCAUCUACACAUUUGAAAAACUGUUGUCUGAUUCACUGGCGAGCAAGACGUCAAAAACCGUAACCUCCAUUGAAAAGGUUAAGCAGCGAGUCUUAAAGCAAUACGACCACGACAGCAGCACGAUCAGGAAGAAGUUGUUCCAGGAAGCUUUGGUGCAGAUUACAUUGCCAACGCUGCAGAAAGCAUUGGCACCAAGUUUUAAGCGUGAGCUUCAGAAAUUUGAGCAAUACAUCUUUGCAGAUUACACAAAACUCGUUCAAGUGGAGAAUAUCUAUGAAGAAAUUUUACUUGACACCAUUAUCAAGGAGGUGAUCAAAGUGGUGCAAGAGGCUGCCAUUUUGAAAAAACACAAUCUAUUUGUGGACAAUUUGCCUUAUACCAGUGACAGUGAUGGCAAUCUCACUGAUAAAAAUGAAGGAAAGACACCACCAGGUUCUCAACCCAGGAGCCCAGCCAAAACACCACCUAAAGACUCGAGUGCUGAGGGACUGGAAGUGGGUGAAAAAGUGAUUUCUCAAAUUUCUGCUCCUACAUCUGAUAUUCUACUGAAUGAGAAACUGGAAAGUGAACAGUCAUCAACUUCUCACCAGAAAUCGGGGAAUGAAGUUCUUCACUCCAAGCCAAAUGGAAUAGUGGUAACUGAACUUGAUGUAAAUGCAGUAGAGGAAUCUAGUUCAACUGCAGGGAAUUAUCAGGAAGGUGGAAAUCCAGUGGAAUUAAACAAUGCAAACAAUAACGAGAACCUACCAAGAAAUGAAUGUCAGGACAGGCAGGAAAAUGAAAAAGAGAAGGAAAAUGCAUCUACUCCAGCUCCUGAUAGUUUAAAAGAAAUACAUGACUUGCUAACCGUGGCAAUUGUGCCAGCUGAGGACAGUUCUGAGGAUCAGGAAGCUUUACCGUGCAAAGGAAAUGAUGCAAACCAUGUUGAAGUACACACUGAAUCCAGUCCAAAAGUGGAUGAACAUUUUGAGGACCAAAGUGAAAUAAAAAGUGAAGAUGUGACAUCAGUAGUUGAAUCCGUGGAAGUUCAGCCAGAGAAAAUUGAGGAAUCUGAAGUAAAAAACUUGCCGGUACCAGCUGAUGAACUUGUGGAAAGACAGAAUAGGGAAGACGAACCCAAGAGCUUAACUUCAAUAGCUGAUGAACUUGUGGAAGGUCAGGAUAAGGAAGGUAAUGAAUGCAAGUGCUCACCAUCAAUGGUUGAUGAACUUGUACAAGAUCAAAGUAGAGAAGAUCAGGGCAAGGAAGUUAAAGAGGAUGAAAAGUUACAGUCAACAGUUGGUGAAGUUGUGGAAGUUCAGGGCAAGGAAAGUAAUAACAAUGAUGGCUUACCAGUUGCAGUUGAAGAAGUUGUGGAGGUUCAGGUUAAGGAAGAUAAUGAGGAUGAAAAGUUACAGUCAACAGUUGAUGAAGUUGCGGAAGCUCAGGGUAAGGAAAAUAGUAACAAUGAUGGCUUACCAGUAGCAGCUGAAGAAGUUGUGGAGGUUCAGGAUCAGGAAGAUAAUGAGGAGGGAAAGUUACAGUCAACAGUUGAUGAAGUUGUGGAAGUUCAGGAUAAGGAAAAUAAUAACAAUGAUGGCUUACCAGUAGCAGAUGAUGAACUUGUGAAAGUUCAGGAUGAUGAUAAUGAGUGCAAGGGAUUAUCAUCAACAGUUACUCAACUUGUGGAAAAUGAAGAAAAGGAGGAUAAUGAAUGCAAGAACUUAUCAUCAACAGUUGAUGAUCCUGCAGGUCAGGAGAAGCAAGGUAAUGAAGACUUAUCAACAACAACUAAUGAGCCACCACAAGGUCAGAAUGAGAUGGCUACAGAAGAUGAAAAAAAAGAUAUGUCACAAAAAACAAGUGAUUGUUCAGAAAAUGAAACUUCUGCUGAUUGUGUUGAGUCUGAUGCAGUUUCUGGAAGAGCCCCAACAUUGCUCAAGGAGGAAGCUCAAGAAAUUGCCUCUACACAUACGGUAAACACCGAAGAGCCACAUGCUGCUUCUGAAAGCCAGGAAGAAAAAAUAACCCAGAAUCAGGGUGAAGCUAAACAAGAUGAGAAGAAUUCUCAGAUGUAGAUGGUCAUUGAUGUGGAAGCAGAAUUAAAGGAAUUAACUAUGUAUCAAUAUUGGGAGCAUCCUACCACUAUUGAAAAUCAAUCAACUGAAGCACCAGAAACUGAAAUAAAACUUUAUUUUCAAUGUGAGAUGUCCAAAAUGCCAAAAGUUCUUUAUCUAGAUUCAUAGUCCUUUCCAGAUUAUGCCGGACAUUACAUUCUAUUUUGAUUUAAAACUAGAAGAUGUUUGUAAAACCAAGGAAAAGGACCUGAGUUACUUCCAUUUAUUUAUUCAUUGCCUGUUUCAGUUGGCUAAGCAGUCACAGGCUGAACUGAAAUUCCCAUAUCCAUGUGAUUCCAACAAUAGCAUGAAAAAGAUAUAGAAAGAGUUAAUUCGAAUAAAACAGAUUAUUGGAAGAGAUAGCUAUUGUGUAAAUUCAAAAGAACUUGAAGCAUUUAAUGAUUAAAUUCUUUGGUAAUCAUGUUAUGUGAUGAUGACAAUUAUCUACAUAAUAUAAUGGACUAUCUUCAUGGAAGAUUAAUAAGGUGGCUGCUUCAAUGUAAUAUACAUAGAACAAUUCCUUGAAUUUUCUGCAUUCUGUCAACACUUGUAAUGCCAUAUAGUUUCUGUUUAUGGUAGAGAAUUGAUAGAGUCAGAGAGUCACAAAGUUCUAUAGUACAGUCCAUUGGGGUCACUAUGUCUGCGCUGACCUUUUUCAAGAUCUAUCCGAAUCCUAUUUGCUCGCUUUAGUUAGGUCUGUAUCCUUCCGUACAUUGUCUGUUUAAGUGCUUGUUCUGUACUUUGCCUAUUUAAGUGCCCAAAGUCAUUAUGGCUAUAGCCAAUGUAUUAAACUGUAACCAUUUAAUAGAGUGCACAGUUAUGCAAGCACCAAAAGUUAAUUUUGAAUUCAGAGUUUCAUGAAACUAUCAUUCCUUAUCCAUCCAAAACUUACACAACUAGCUGCAUAAUAAGUGCAACAUUGGAUCUUGCUAUUAUCUAUUGACAAAUUGUAUACAGUAAUUUUCUGUAAUAGCAUGACCACACAUUCAUAACUCUCCAAAUAACCCCAGCAACCAAUACAGCUCUGUGUCUUUGGUUUAAAGAAGUCUGACAAUCUUAUAACGGUCCUGACCUGGAUGUAGUGGAAAUAGAACUAGUUCUUCAGGCAAGCUACUGAGUACUAACUACAGCAAGAUUAAUUAUACGAAGUGGAAGGUUUUUUAUUGCAAUUAAACCUUUAAUAUUAAAAGGUGCUGAAAUUGAGGCUAAAGGUUAUAAGUUCUUGAAGGCGGGUGCUAAGGGUGCUGAGUCAUUUGUAUUUGUUUUUUGAUUGUGGAUAUUGGGCUCGAGAAGUUGGAGCUAAAAUUAUAACAAAUUAGGUGGGAAGAGGCUGAGUAAGUGACCGAGGUACGUGUAAAACUCAAACCUUUCAGAGAGAAGGCACAUGUAAGAACAGGAAAGCUUUCUUUUUGGUCUGUAAAUCCUUCGUCCUGAGGUCACUGUAGGCAGGAUAGUUAAGGCAUUGGAAUGCUCCACCUUUGAGAUGCGGGAUUUCAGGGUAAAUUGACAGUCUCCCUGAUGACUACAUCUGCAGGAAGUAUGCCCAGCCUCAGCUCCUGACUGACAGGGAUGAGGAACUGGGGCUGGAAGUGGAUGAACUCAGGACCAUCCAGGAGGCUGAAAACCUCACAGAUGAAACUUUUACUGAGAUGGUCACAGCCAGUGUGCUGCCUUCAGUGGUAGGCGAGUGACCACCAGGAGAAGUAUAGGGAGUCAGCAAUCAGGACACAGUUCUCCUCUGCUCAGUCCUUUCAACAACAAGUACACCCCUUCGUUGGGGGCGAAGACCCAGCAGGAGCAGUCAGGCCAUUGGUACUGUGGCUGGCUCUGAGACUCAGUCAGGCAGAACAAUAGUGAUAGGAGACUCAAUAGUGAAGGGGAUGAACAGAGGGUUCUGUGGCCGUGAUGGAGAACCCAGGACAGUGUGCUGCUUCCCAGGUGCUAGGGUCUGGAACGUCUCAGAGUGGCUGCAGAAUAUGGGGGAGCAGUCAGAGGUCUUGGUGCACAUUGAUGCCAAUGACAUAUUGUAGGUAGAAAGGGGUCAGCGGUCCUGUGCAGAGAGCACAGUGAGUUAGGAAAGAGGCUAAAGAGCAGGACCUCCAUGGUAGUAAUCUCCGGAUUACUCCCAGUGCCAUGUGCUAGUCGGGGCAGGAUUAGGAUGACAGUACAGAUGAAUGGGUGGCUGAGGAGCUGGUGCAGGGGACAGGAUUUCAGAUUCUUGCAUCAUUGGAACUGAUUCUGGGGUGGAUGUGACUUGCACAGGAGUGAUGGGUUGCACCUAAACUGGAGGGGAACUAAUAUCCUGCACAGGAUGUUCACUACUGCUACUUGAGAGGGUUUAAACUAACUUGGCAGAGAGGUGGGAUCCAGAGCACCAGGUCAGAAAGUGGAGGGAAGAGGAAGGUAGAUGUCAGGGCCUGUAAAAACAGGCAGGAGCAAAGUAAUGGACACAAUGGGCCAAGCAACACACACAAAAUGCUGGAGGAACUCAGCAGGCCAGGCAGCAUCUAUGGAAAAAAGUACAGUUAACGUUUCGAGCCGAGACCCUUUGGCUGUCCUUGGCCCAGAACAUUGACUGUACUUUUUCCCAAGAGAUGCUACCAGGCCUGCUGAGUUCCUCCAGCAUUUUGUGUGUGUUGCUCAGAUUUCCCGCAGAUUUUCUCUUGCUUGAGGUACAAUGGGAUGGAUAGUUUGAAAUGUGUGUGUGUAUUUAAUGCUAGGGGUGUUAUCAGGAAAGGUGGUUAACUUAGAGCAUGGAACUGUGAUGUUGUGACCAUUACAGAGACUUGGUUGAAAGAGGGACGUGAAUGGGUGCUUAAUGUUCCAGGGAUUUGAUAUUUAGAAAAUAUUGGGAAGGAGGUAAAAAGGGGUUGGGGGGAGGGGAAUUGCACUCCUAAUCAGGGACGAUAUGACAGCUGCACUCAGAGGGAACAUAAUGGAGGGCUCCUCCACUGGGUCCAAAUAGAUAGAACUCAAAAAUUGGAAGGGUGCAAUUACUCUGAUGUGAUUGUACUACAAAUCACACGGUAGAAUAACAUUGAGGAACAGAUAUGCAGGCAGAUUAAGAAAAGGAAUGAAAAACCAGUAGGGUUGCUGUCAUGGGGGACUUCAACUUCCUGAAUAUAAACUUUCUGAGUGCAAGAAGUUUAGAUGGGGCAGAAUUUAUUAGAUGAAUCCAGGAGGGUUUCUUAAAUCAACAUGUAGGUAGUUCAACAAGAGGAGGGAUUGUACUGGAUCUGAUAUUGGGUAUUCAGCCUGGCCAGGUGACCGACCUUUCAAUGGGUGAGCAGCUAGAGAACAGUGACCACAGCUCUUUAUGUUUUAAGGUAGCUAUGGAUAAGGACCUUGUGGGUGAGUAUUAAAUUGGAGCAUUAGACAGGAACGAGGGAGAGUUAAUUGGGAACGACUGUUUUUGGGCAAGCCCACAUCUGACACGUGGAGGAUGCUUAAAGACCAAGUGCACUGAGUACAGGACAGGUAUGUUCCAGACAGAAGGAAAGAAGAAGGAGUCAAGGUAAGAGAACCUUGGACGUCGAGGGGGGUGUUGAAUUUCUUGAAGAAGAAAAUGAAGACGUAUCCUCUAGUAGCACAAUCCAAAGUUAUUCACUGGAAAAUAAGAGAACUCUUCAAAAACAAUGGUAAAGCAGAAUGAACCAAAAAUAUAGUAAUUUGUCUUAUUACUUGAUCUUUCAAAUUUUACACAUUUUACUGCUUUCAACUCCAUUGGUGAAUAUGAAUUAUUUAAGGUUCAAUUGAGGGGCCCCUGGUAGUUUCCACAGAGCUAAUGAGGCACUUCAACAAUAAAUGGACAGGAGUCCAAGAUGUACCCCUGUUAAGGUUCAGUGAAUUGUAAAAUAUCAUCUCUAAUUAAAACAGUUUUAAAAUUGGUACCAAAUUGAAGCAUUUUGAAACAAUUGCAUUUUGCCUACAUUUCUCUUAUAGAAUAUGGGAAUAUUGUGUGGUGACAGUGUCUUACUGAAUCUACUUACACAUAUACACAAGGUAACCACCUGGUAAACAGUAUUUCCUCUGAGCUUCCACCAUCUGAAAAUUGAGUUGUGCCACAAGUAAAACUUCAGUAUUCAGUUAAAAGUUGCCCUGCUUGGGGGAAGGGAAUCUCCAUGUCAAAAACUUUGAUGUUCUUUAUUCUGCUAGCUUCUAGCAACUCCUACCUUCUAAGGUAUAGUUGGAUUACAAUCAAAAUGAUUGGAUAUAAACCAUCGUAUUUGAAAACAGACUCUUGUACCAUUUCAACCUUUAUGUAUUUCCACACAGCAGUUAUAUUUGCUUGCUGUUUGCACUAUGCAGAAUAAUUUCAAUGCAGAUCCUACACGAACAUAGGACAUGAAAAGCAGAAGAAGGAAUUGGUCAUAGUUCUUUACAUCUGUUCCAUUGUUCAAUAAGAAUCAUGACUAAUUAUUAACCUCUGCGCCACUUUCCCCGACUAACAAUAUAUUACACUAAAUUUUCAAUAUCUAUAGUGACUGAGCCUCCACAGUUCCCUUGGAUAGAGAGUUUCAAUGAUUCACUACUUCCUGAGAAACUUCUCUCCACCUCAGUCAUGAAUACCCUAGGCAGAGAACUAUAUCGUUUUGGCAACAUUAUUGUCGAGUUCCAAAAGUAUUUUAUAUGCUUCAAUGAGAUUUCCUCUUAUUUUUCUAAGCUCUAGAGAGUAUAGAUCCAAUCUGCUAACUCUCCUCAUGAGACAAUCCCUGAUAUUUUGACAAUAAAUCUGGUGAACAUUCAUUGAUUUUCCUCUAUUGCAAAAAAUAUCCUUCCUUAGGGAAUGAGACUAGAUCUGACACAAUACUGCAGGUAAGUUCCCACUAAGGUCCCAUCUAAGACAUUUUUAUUCUUGCACAUAAAUUUUCUUACAAUAGAGGCCUAUAUUUCCUUUACCUUUCUGUUUGUUUCCUGUAUCUGUGUUUAACUUUCAAUGAUUCAUAAACAAGGCCUUCAUACCCAGGCCUCUUUGAAUGUUGACACAUUUCCAUCCUGCACUGAUUUUUCAAAGUACUACUUUUCUAUUUUGUUUACUGUCAUUUCAUAUUAUUAGUCUAAAACACUUAACCAGGCUCUCCUGCAAUAGUGCAGAAUGCACACGUGUCAUUCAGUGUUGAAAACUGUUGGAAUCACAUGUAAUAUUUUAAUCAUAGUUUUCCAUGUUCUGCAAAUUGUUUGACAUUUCCACUGUCAUUGGCACUUCCACGUGAGAUAAGUUUUAUAUUGUUCUUUUGACUUUUACAACGAUACAGGCUUUUUGUAGUAAAAAUGAGUAGGCAAAAUUUAAUGUUGGAAAUAAGGUGUUAGCAGUUAUCUUUUGAAAAAAAUUAAUUUUCAAUAAUUUUACUGUGCAUGAACUUUAAAUAUAAACCUUGUUGCUAUUACAUAGCAGAAGGAGGGAGGCUCUGAAGACAAUUUAUCUUAAAAUGUAUUCUGUAAUAUAACUUCUAUGGAUUUUCUGAAUUAAUUUGGAUAUAUCAGUAAGAUGAUACUGAAGGAAGUUGUAAAACUAGGUAUUUUAACUGUCAAUUUUCUGUGUGAAGCAGAUAAAUUCUCUUUCAUGACUCUGUACGUUAAAGACCUAUUUCUUCAAUAUGACUUAAUUUUUUAAAUUAAUACAUCAUUAAAAAUUAUUAAAAUCUA